AUGUUGUUCUACAUCUCCGGGUUCCUGUUUGUUUUCAUCCCCUACUCUCCUCAUUUCUCUCCAUGCUCCCUCUUCUUGCCGCCUUCCCAACCGCACUCCUACAGCCUGCUAGCAGCACCAGUGCUGAUAGAGCAUCUGGGGUGGGAGUCGAUGUUUUACAUCUUCGGGUUCCUCGGGAUUCUCUGGAGCGUUGCUUUCAACCCCAAGCCAUCCGAGGUCACGUCAGAAGACUUUGAUGAGUCAGCAGCCGCCAGCACCAAUCAGGCGCUCUCCGUCUGCGUCUUUGAGGAGUGCCACGCACCGGGAGACAUAGUGAGUGAGGAUUUGAGGGAGAGUGAGGAGGAGAGGAGGCUGGUGGAGGAGACGGGAGGGUCGGACCCAGCAGUGCCGUGGGGCGAGCUGCUGCGGAGCAGGGCGGUGCAGGCCGUGGUGUAUGCCCACUUCUGCAACAACUGGGGCCACCACAUCCUCCUCGCCUGGCUGCCCACCUACUACAGCAAGGAGCUUCAUCUGGACAUCACUCAAGCAUCGCUGCUGUCGCUCCUCCCGCCACUCCUCUCCAUCGCCGUGUCAGCCGUGGUGGCGCCAGCAGCAGACCGGCUGAUUGCAGAGGGCACGGAUGUUAGCCUGGUGCGGAAGCUAGCUCAGGGAAUGGCCUUCCUAGGUCCGGCAGCGUGCAUGGCAGUGGCUAGCUUCGGCCCGGACCACAAUCUUCCAACCUGGCUGCUGGUGGCGGCUCUCUCUGGUGGCAUUGGCCUCUCCGCGUGCUCCUACGCUGUGGGGGCGAUUCCUGGCAUCGUGGGCGUGCCAUUGACCGGCUAUUUGUUUGACCAGACCCACUCCUGGGCGACGGCCAUGUUCCUGCCCUCCAUCGCCUUCUACAUCUCGGGCACCAUCAUGUGGUCGCUCUUUGCCGACUGCUCUCGAGCCAACUUCGGAGAGGACAAGGCGAAGCUCAAGGAGGCCUAG